AUGAGCGUGCGAAAGGCGCACAACUCAGGUCGAAAUCAUUUACGCAACGUUGUCGAAUAUUAUCAAGAAAUUGGCCAUGAGAAAGCACAGUCAGUCAUCGAUUCUAUCACAAACUCAUACGCCGCAGAAGGACAGGCGAGCUCGAAUCCAAUGCUUCAACAACCAGGCAUUUCCGGAGCAUACCCUCCACCACCCUUUGGCUUCCCUGGCCGACCAGGAAUGCCACCGCCUCCACCAUUCGGCAUGCACGGCGGACCCCCAGGCGGCCCUCCCGGAGGAAUGAUACCACCUCCAGGAGGCCGCGGCAUGCCGUCCUUCCCGCCUCCACUCCCAUUCAGUGCAGCUGGCUCAUCCGGUGCACCGCCCGGACCCGGCGAGGUUCCACCCUUAUCACUCCCAAACAUGCCGUCAGGCAGUCUCCCGUUCCCUCCACCCGGUGGCUUCCCUCCUAACUUUCAAUUCCCCUUGCCCGGAGCCGCAGGCUUUCCUCCACCACCCGUCCCGGGCCAGGGACAACACCCAGGUCCAGGUGCAGGCCAAGGAGCGGCGGGUAUGCCACCGGGUAUUCCAGGGUCUGGUGCACCUCCACCUGGGCUGCCUCAGGGGUUUAACGCUCCACCAGAGAUGCCACCAUCUUUAGGGCCACCUCCGGGGACUAGUAGUGGUAGCGAGGCUAAAUGA